AUGAGAGUGUGCGUCGUCGGUGCGGCAGCAUCCGGCCUUCCUUCAAUUAAGGCCUGUCUAGAGAACGGCAUUGACGUCAUCUGCUACGAAAAAACCUCUGAUAUUGGAGGUCUAUGGAAUUAUCGACCUGAUGAGAAAAAUAUUGGAGGAACGGUCAUGGCGACCACGGUUGUAAACACGUCCAAAGAAAUGAUGGCUUACUCGGACUUCCCUCCACCAGAAGAUUGGCCUAAUUUUAUGCAUCAUUCAAAGGUCAAUGAAUAUCUGCAUUUGUACGCUGAUCACUACCACUUGAAGGAUUACAUUAAAUUCAAUACAGCUGUGAAAUACAUCACCGAGGAAAAAUCAUCUUUCAAAGUACAGUUAGAAAAUGGAGAAGUUGAACACUUUGACAAGGUUAUUCUUUGCACUGGACAUCAUGCCGCGCCAUAUCAUCCACAGCUGAGAGACGUCGAUAAAUUCAAAGGACGUAUCAUGCAUGCUCAUGAAUAUCGUGACAUAAAGGGAUUUGAGGGAAGGAACGUCGUUCUUCUCGGGAUAGGAAACUCCGCUCUGGAUAUCGCAGUUGAUCUUGCGAAAAUCGCCAAGUCGGUGACGAUAUCCACAAGACGGGGAACGUGGAUCUUCAACAAGGUAGCGGCUGGCGGGAUGCCUUACGACACUCUUUAUAUGACGAGGUACUAUAAAUGGCUGAUGGACAGUGUUCCAUGGACAAUAGCUAACGAUUUCAUGGAGCAUUUAGUGCAACAAAGAAUGGACCAUGAAUUAUAUGGACUUCGGCCAAACCACAGGUUCUUCCAACAACACCCAACAGUCAACGACGCCGUCGCGAAUCUCAUUUGCUCCGGACUCAUCACCGUUGCCGACGAUGUUGAUACGUUUACUGCUGAUAAGGUGAUAGUGAAAAACGGUAGAAGCUUCGACUGCGAUGUGUUUAUCACAUGCACCGGAUAUGUUAUUGGGUUUCCUUUCCUGGAUCCGAAAAUCCUGACAAUCGAGCAGAACGAGGUGUCGUUGUAUAAGUUCGUAUUCUCCCCAAACAAUGAAAAUUUGGCCGUGAUUGGAAUGAUUCAACCAAUUGGAAGCAUUUUACCGAUUUCAGAGAUCCAGGCACGAUGGGUAGCACAAGUCUUCAUGGGAAAGCUAUCACUGCCUUCAAAAGAAGCCAUGUUAGUAGACAUUGAGAUGAAGAGGAAAGAAAUGAAACGUAGAUACUUCAAGAGCGAAAAGCAUACAAUCCAGGUGGAUUAUAUUAAAUACAUGGACGAAAUUGCCAUGCUUGUUGGAUGCAAACCUGAUCUUUGGAAGAUAUUCUUUUCCGACCCGAAAUUCGCUUGGCGUCUUUUCAUGGGAGCUAAUGCACCUUAUGUCUAUCGUCUGAUGGGACCGAAUAAAUGGGAUGGCGCUGAGAAUGCCAUACGCACUAUUCCAAACCGUGUAAAGAGACCGUUGAAAGCGCGGAACUGCAGGACGCGGAAAUACAAACGCCGUGGAGUUCUUGAUGAGUACUUCCGCUACAUGAGCAUGAAAUGGAUUGCCGGUUGGUCGGUCAUAAUCUUCGUUACCGGCCUCAGUGUUCUCUGUUCGGGUACGGCAGGCAUGUCUUUGUUAUCAUACUGCAUCUACACAGCAUGCUUCUUCGUACUGUUCUCGUUUAUGUUGUUGUGGUUCGACAUGCAGUACAAUAUGACCACUAUUUUAUGA